AUGUUCAGUUGGCUGGGAGUCGAUGACCGCAGGAAGAAGGAACCAGAGGUCUUCCAGACGGUCAGCGACGGUCUGAAAAAGCUCUACAAAACCAAAUUGCUACCACUGGAGGAGACCUAUAAGUUCCACGAGUUCCACUCACCGGCGCUUGAGGAUGCGGACUUUGACAACAAACCUAUGGUGCUACUGGUGGGACAGUACUCCACUGGCAAGACCAGCUUUAUACGUUACCUGUUGGAGCAAGACUUCCCGGGGAUGCGCAUCGGCCCCGAGCCCACUACAGAUUCCUUCAUAGCGGUGAUGCACGGUGAUACCGAGGGUUUGAUCCCCGGCAACGCGCUCGUGGUUGACCCCAAGAAGCCCUUCAGGAAGUUGAACGCCUUCGGGAACGCCUUCCUCAACAGAUUUGUGUGUGCCCAGCUGACUAACCCAGUUUUGGAGAGCAUCAGCGUGAUUGACACUCCGGGGAUCCUGUCAGGAGAGAAACAGAGAAUCAGUCGAGGCUACGACUUUGCGGCCGUCCUGGAAUGGUUCGCCGAGCGCGUGGACCGGAUCAUCCUGCUCUUCGACGCUCACAAACUGGACAUUUCCGACGAGUUUUCCGAGGUGAUAAAGGCGCUGAAAAACCACGAGGACAAGAUAAGGGUGGUGUUGAACAAGGCAGACCAGAUCGAGACCCAGCAACUGAUGCGAGUGUACGGAGCGCUCAUGUGGUCGCUCGGCAAAAUCGUCAACACGCCUGAGGUGAUUCGCGUCUACAUCGGGUCCUUUUGGUCGCACCCGCUGUUAAUUCCUGACAACAGGAAGCUUUUCGAGGCAGAGGAGCAAGAUCUGUUCAAGGACAUCCAGUCGUUGCCGCGGAACGCCGCGUUGAGGAAGCUUAACGAUCUCAUCAAGCGGGCGAGAUUGGCCAAGGUCCACGCGUACAUCAUCAGCGCCUUGAAGAAGGAAAUGCCGGCGGUGUUUGGCAGGGAGAAUAAGAAGAAGGAGCUUAUCGCUAGCUUGGGAGACAUCUACAAGCGCAUUGAGAGGGAACAUCAGAUAUCGCCUGGAGACUUUCCAAAUCUCAAGAGGAUGCAGGACCAACUCCAAGCUCAAGACCUGACCAAGUUCCAGCCGCUCAAAUCCAAGCUUUUAGAAGCGGUGGAUGACAUGCUAGCUCACGACAUCGCCGGUUUGAUGGUGCUGGUGCGCCAGGAGGAGACGCAGCGGCCCAACCCGUCGGUUAAGGGCGGCGCCUUCGACGGCACGCUGAACGGCCCCUUCGGCCACGGCUACGGCGAGGGCGCCGGCGAGGGCAUCGACGAGGCCGAGUGGGUGGUGGCGCGCGACAAGCCGGCUUACGACGAGAUCUUCUACACGCUGUCGCCCGUCAACGGCAAGGUGACGGGCGCCAACGCCAAGCGCGAGAUGGUCAAAUCCAAGCUGCCCAACACGGUGCUGGGAAAGAUCUGGAAGCUGGCCGACAUCGACAAGGACGGAAUGCUGGACGACGAGGAAUUUGCGCUGGCUAACCAUCUUAUUAAAGUCAAGCUGGAGGGACACGAGCUGCCCGCCGAGCUGCCGGCGCAUCUGCUGCCUCCUUCCAAGAGGAAAAUGGCCGAAUAG